GUCAACUUGUGUUACAAUUUAAAGUGUAAAAUAUUGUAAACAACUUUAUGAUAAAAUUUGAUGAUAAAAUUUUAUGAGAAUAAUUUAUGUAAUAAUUUUAUUGGAGAGUGUUGUGUUUGUGGAAUCUUUGAGAAGGUUGGGGUUUAUUGGCUUUGCACGUUAUCCCUUACACAGUGCUGAAUUCCCUGGUAUUCUGGCUUCUAAAUCCUCAGUUAGAGGGAAAUUUUUGAAUAAGAAUAACCAAUUCUAUUCUAGAAGAUUAAGUAAAAUUUUAGCUAAAAAUGAUGAAAAACAUGAAAAUUCAGCCUCCGACGAUCUUUUCAACUGCCCUGGAAUCGAUCAUAUCUUCAGUAAAUCAUAUGUGUUUUCUGGUAGUUUUGAGGAUUUGGGUGUGAAUAGUAUACUAGUGCGUGACUUGGACCAUAGGAAGUAUUCCCUGGAAACGCAUAAAGGAUUAAAGAAAGUAAUCGCAAUUUUAGUCUCUGCAGUUGCCGUAGGACUGCUCUACAAAUUCGCAUCGUUCCUCAAAGACCUCAUCGAACAACAAAACAUACAAUUGAACACGGGACAUCCACUGUAUAAUCCAAUUAACACACUGGAUCAAGCUAAUUAACACACUGGAUCAAGCAAAUUAAUAUAAUAACAAGAC